AUGGCGGCGAGUCAGGGAGGUGGUGGUAACAGUGGGGGCGGCGGUUGCGGUGGCGGGGGAAGUAGCGGUGGCGGUGGCGCGGCCGGAGGGGGAGGUGGCGGGACUGGAGGGGGAGGCGGAGGCGGCGGCGGGACCCUGGUAGUUCCCAUCCCGGGACCGACUCUUUUCGGUCAGUCGUUCUCCAACGGGCCGCAGUGGAACCCGGGGAGCCUGCAGCCUCCACACACAGUGAGGAGCCUGGACCGGGCCCUGGAGGAGGCGGGCAACUCCGGCGUCCUGAGCCUCAGUGGUCGGAAACUCCGAGACUUCCCGGGCAGUGGCUACGACCUGACGGACACCACCCAAGCAGAUCUUUCCAGAAAUCGUUUUACAGAAAUUCCUUCUGAUGUCUGGUUAUUUGCACCUCUUGAGACAUUAAAUUUAUAUCAUAAUUGCAUCAAAACCAUUCCUGAAGCCAUUAAAAACUUGCAGAUGUUAACAUACCUUAACAUUAGUCGAAAUCUUUUAUCAACAUUGCCAAAAUACCUAUUUGAUCUCCCCCUUAAAGUUUUGGUCGUCAGUAAUAAUAAACUGGUAUCCAUUCCAGAAGAAAUUGGGAAGUUAAAAGAUUUAAUGGAAUUGGAUAUUAGCUGUAAUGAGAUUCAGGUCCUUCCUCAACAAAUAGGAAAGUUACAUUCACUUAGAGAGCUAAACAUAAGAAGAAAUAAUCUUCAUGUUUUGCCAGAUGAAUUAGGAGAUCUUCCCUUAGUCAAGCUGGAUUUUUCUUGUAAUAAGGUGGCCGAAAUUCCAGUUUGUUACAGGAAGCUACAUCAUUUACAAGUAAUAAUUUUGGAUAACAAUCCAUUGCAAGUACCGCCAGCACAGAUAUGUUUAAAGGGGAAAGUACACAUAUUUAAGUACUUAAAUAUCCAGGCAUGUUGCAGAAUGGAUAAGAAACCAGAUUCCCUGGAUCUUCCACCAUUGAGUAAAAGAAUGCCCUCCCAGCCUCUCACAGACAGUAUGGAAGAUUUUUAUCCCAAUAAAAAUCAUGGCCCUGACUCUGGAAUUGGAAGUGACAAUGGAGAGAAACGAUUAUCUACAACGGAACCAUCAGAUGAUGAUACAAUUAGCCUUCACUCUCAAGUCUCAGAAUCCAAUAGAGAGCAAUCAUCAAAAAAUGACAGUCACACAAUGGGAAGUAAGCCUGACUCUCAAAAAGAUCAGGAGGUGUAUGAUUUUAUUGACCCCAACACAGAGGAUGUAGCAGUUCCUGAACAAGGAGAUGCACAUAUUGUAUCAUUUGUCUCUUUUCUUAAGGGAAAAGAAAAAUGUUCUGAAAAAUCUCAGAAAAAUGAAGAAUUGGGAGAUGAGAAAAGACUUGAAAAAGAACAGUUACUUGCAGAGGAAGAGGAUGAUGAUUUGAAGGAAGUAACUGAUUUGAGGAAAAUAGCUGCUCAGUUAUUGCAGCAAGAACAGAAGAACAGGAUUCUUAAUCAUUCAACUUCUGUCAUGAGAAAUAAGCCAAAACAAACUGUGGAAUGUGAAAAGAGUGUCUCAGCAGGUGAAGUUAAUUCACCAUUAUCACCCCUUACAUGGCAGCCCUUAGAAAAUCAGAAGGAUCAAAUAGGUGAACAACAGUGGCCAGAAUCUCAACCUAUAAUCUGGCAGAGUGAAGAAAGGAGGCGGAGCAAACAGAUUAGAAAAGAAUAUUUCAAGUAUAAAUCAACGAGGAAGAGUUCAAGUGGCAAUGAAAAUGAUGAGCAAGACAGUGAUAACACUAAUAUGUCACCACAAUCUCCAGUAUCAUCUGAGGAGUAUGACAGAACUGAUUGUUUUUCACAUGGUCCCUUUGGCUUGAAGCCUCGAUCAGCUUUUAGCCGCUCAUCUCGCCAGGAAUAUGGAGCAGCAGAUCCAGGCUUUACAAUGAGAAGAAAGAUGGAACAUUUACGGGAAGAGCGAGAGCAAAUACGACAACUUCGCAAUAAUCUUGAAUCCAGGUUAAAAGUUAUUUUGCCUGAUGACAUUGGAGCUGCACUGAUGGAUGGAGUUGUUCUUUGCCAUUUAGCCAAUCAUAUAAGGCCACGUUCUGUAGCUAGUAUUCAUGUACCAUCACCAGCGGUGCCCAAACUGAGCAUGGCAAAAUGUAGAAGAAAUGUAGAAAAUUUUCUUGAUGCUUGUAAAAAGCUGGGUGUCUCGCAGGAAAGGCUGUGUUUGCCUCAUCAUAUUUUGGAAGAACGAGGUCUUGUGAAAGUUGGUGUCACAGUUCAGGCACUUCUUGAAUUACCUACAAUCAAGGCAUCUCAGCUUUCAAUGGCUUGA